GGGUACGCAGGAUUCGAUAUUAGGUUUGGGAUUGUGCCUGUGUAAAGGGAGGAUCGAAGCCAGCGGUCUUUUGUUCCUUGUUCCAGUUGAACAAGAAGACCGUUGUGCUGAUCACUCGCUACAGUGUGCGUAAUUGUGCGUUAGACCCUUGUAGUCAAUGUGGAAUACAAUUUAUUCGAGCAUUCAGAUUGGGAGUUUCCUUACUCCAUACAGCUGUAAAAGAACUUCUCCAAGCGCAACACUGAUUAUUGCACAAUUCUCAGUGCUGUUGAUUUCCUUCUCUCCUUUGCAUCCGAGUCCAUUACACGUUACACGAGGGCGAGGGAGCAAUCUGACUGCAAGUUUGGCACUCUUUCCCCCUCUUCUCACAUUUUCCCACUUUCCCACCUUUCCACUUUCCCACCUUUCCACUUUCCCACCUUUCCACUUUCCCACCUUUUCACUUUCCCACUUUCCCUUCUUCCCACAUCCACCCUUCCUUAAUCCAUCAGGAACUGUCUCGUAUCUCUUUCAUCUUUUCUCGCUCUUCUGUCUGUCUCAAGUGCGUCUCUGCUCUAUCUCAAUAAGCACAGCCCAGCGGCGACUCAUUGGAAUCUCUGCUAGAAGUGACGAGGGAAGCGAAUAUCCCUUCACUCGGCCCGCCUUGUUCGUGUGCAGACCGUCUUCAAUAAAGAAUUGGAAUAGAAAACAUUUCAUAGGGGCGGACUAUUUCCUCAGCUGGUGAAAGAAACUCGAGAAACAGAUUCCUGUUGAGUUGGUAUAUAUCGCUGCUAGGAAGGAGGCACGGAGAGGACAAAAUAUUCAGGACUAUCUCUGCAUCUAACCAAAGGAAACAA